UGUAUUUUGGUGUUAAAUAAAUAAAUAAAAAAGACACUAGAUAUCAAUAAAUUUAGUAUUUGUGUAUUCAAUUUAUGAAUAAAUUGUUUUCAUAUGCUUAUAAUUGAAUAAAAAAGUCAUACUUGUUUUAUGCCAACGAACAUUUCCUAAAGAAAAAAACGUGUGUUCCAUGAAGUGCCAAACCUUGCUUAUUCAACAUCUCAACAAAAACAUAAUACAACACCAAAAAAAUAUAUUAAAAACUAAACGAAUUGAGUCGCAACCAAAUAAAAUCAACAGAGUUGAGUGUUUUCCGAACAAAAAAAAACAGCAAGAAAAAUAUACAUAUUUUAAAAAUCGAAUUUUUAUUGUAGUUUGUGAUUUUCCAAAUAAUAUUAUUGCAAUGAAGUAUUCCAACAUUGAACAGAGCAAAUUUUCACUAAUCAAUGAAAAAUGUUUACAACAGUUGUUUUUAAUUGUUGUUAAAACAGAAUCAAGUUUUUAAUUAAUUUUUAUUAAUUUUUACAAUUCAUAAGUUUUUGUGUGCGUAUAAUUUUAAAGCAGUGAGUUUUUGAAAGAUUAAAAAGUUUUUUUAAAAAAAAGUGUAAAAAUCUACUUAAACAAAUAUUCAAAAUCAAACUAAAGUGUUUUUUUAUAAUUAAAAGAAAAUAAUUAAAACAAUCAAAUCAAGACAAAAUAUUAAGAUCAAUUUUUAUUAAAAAAAAAUAAACAAACAAACAAAAAUUACAAAAACAUUGAAAAAAACCUCCUAAAAUUCUUACAACAAACAACAAAAAAAUAAAUUUUCAAAACAAAAAGUUUUUCGAAAAGCGUAAUGAUUUCAGGAAACGUCAUUAAUAACUGUCUUAAUAAACUUUAUCUUGUCCGAGGUAGAUUCUCGUCAGUUGAAUUGCUUCAAAUUCUUAUUCAAAAAGAAUAUAUCGAGCAGUUCAUUUUUGAAAAAGGCAGCGGAGGGGGAGGAGCAGUUGGAUCAGCAGAGGCAAACGAUUGUCAAAAAACCUAUAAGCAGCAGGACAGUGUCUUAGUAAGCGAUGUGGCAAACGAAGCUACAUUCGCUGGGUGAUGAUUGAGAUUCAAGUUUUCGUCGUAUAGAGUUACCGAAAGAAGCUUUUUUGUUUUUAGAGAAAAACAACGAAAUAAAAAAGUAUUAAAAACAAAUUAAUAAAUAAAUAAAACAAACAAAAGGAUAUAAUAUAUAAAGUGCCGACAAAAAUUGGACCAACAUUUAAUGCUAGGUACCUACCUAAUAAAAAUACAACAGAGAAUAGACUUUCAAGUUUAUUCAGCAAAGGGAGAAGAUUGAAAUAGAACUCAACGAACUGCCAAUAAUUUUUGAAUUGUCUAAGCAUUAAAGUGUAAUUACAACACUUUUACACAUUAAAAAAGGAAAAAUAUAUACCUACCUACCCACUUAAAAGAAAAUAUUAUAAUGGUUGUCAAUUUAAUUGUUCGUAUAAUGGUUGAAGCUCAAGGAUCAAAAUAUGAUACUCUAAGCUGACAUCUAAUCGUUAGAUUAAAUAAUAAUCUUAACCUCAUUUACAUAUUUAUACAUAAAUAAUAUCUUAUUAAAAAUUCAAUUAUUAGUAAUAUGUAAUGCCUGCCUAUAAAAAUAUCAAAUUUGAUACAGCAUUUCAAACAAAUGUCAAAUGUGUUAAAUAAUUAUUAUAUAUUUAUCACUUGUAUCUGCAUUCGAUUUAUAAUAAAACAAUCUAAAAAAUUUUAAAUUAUUGCGGUGGCGCGAAACAAAAACAAAAUUGUAAUGCAUUUUCCUAAUUAAAACCAUUUACUCGAAGGAAUCAAAACACACAACAACUAAACAAUAUUUUCGCCUGGACGGGCGGGUCUUGUUUUUGGAUUAAAUGCAAACCAUUGCACAUUGCACUUUUAUUGUAUUGUAAACAUUCAAACUAAACUAUAAAUUUAAUUUAGAGACAUUUAACGCACCACAUCUUGCAACCACACACAGUUUUUACUGGACAUAUUUUAUUUAAAUAUCUCGCCCUCUUGUGAUCGCCGAUCGUUUAUCAUGGAUCGGACUAGUGAAGAAGCAGUAGCUGAAUAUGAGUAUGCAACUCCAACAAAGAAUAAUUUUCAAAAUCAGCAUAAAUGGUGGCCAAAAAACAAUAAUGCUGUUAGUGCACCUGCAAACAAUCACCUGAAACAGUAUCAUCGGCAGCUUGAAAAUAAUCACCAACAUGCACAAAAUGAAUAUCAGCAAGAAGGUUCACAUUCUAUGGAAAAGGAUUUUUAUAACUCUUUAAAUGUCAUUACACAACAUGAUGAUAAUAAUGAUAAAAAUAGCUGUACUAAAUCGCCAAAAUUGGAUUCAUUUGAUGAUGAAACUAUGUUGGAAGAAAUUAUCGAUCGGACAUCACAAGAUUCGCAAUUGUUGGAAAAAGAAACAAAUCCUUGCGAGGGACUUCUCAACCCCAAUGAAGACGAUGUCAUGAAAAUCACUGGUUUUCGACGCUCAAAAAGUCGAACAUACCUGUGUUGGUUUUGUAUAUGCAUCACAGCUGGACUGCUGCGAUUAAUAUUACAUUGGUGGCGUCAUUGGUUUCUUUUGGCAACGCAUUCGAAGUGUCCAUUAGCUGAAGCUGAAAGAGUUCUUAUUGAGGAGGAUUAUCAAGGCAAACAUCAAGUUUAUUAUAUUAAGGAUGUAGUAACACUUUCGCUAGAUUCGAUUAAAAAAAUGCAAAAAGGAUCAAAAUUGGUCAGCAGCCAUCUUUUAAUGGACGGUGAAAUCGACGAAAAGAAUUUUCACUUAUCAGUUCAUUUCUCAUCAGGUUUUUUCAAACAUACUGAUAGUGUGCGUUUGAUUUUAUGCAAGCAACUGCGAUAUGUUUGGGAUGCUCAAAGUCAAGCAUUCAUCAAGCUCAAAGGUCUUGAUGUUGACAUUCCUAGUACAUAUUUACAUCAUGUCCGAGGCUUAACAAACCAUGAACAAUUGGCUAGACGUUUAAUUUAUGGUCUGAAUGAAAUCUCAGUACCAUAUAAGGGAAUUGUGACAUUGCUGUUUUUGGAGGUUCUCAAUCCGUUUUAUGUGUUUCAAAUCUUUUCUGUGAUCCUUUGGUUCUGCUAUAAUUAUUAUUAUUAUGCUGUUGUGAUAAUUUUUAUGUCAGCGUUUGGAAUAACUAUGUCAAUCAUUCAAACUAAAAAGAAUCAAGAUGCACUGUAUAGUACGGUUCAAAAUUCGGAUUGCGCUCAAGUAUUAACGGAAACUGGAGAUGUCAUAGAAUUGAAGACCCAGUACCUUGUACCAGGCGAUAUUAUUGAAAUACCAUCAACGGGUUGUACUUUACAAUGUGAUGCUGUUCUGCUUUCAGGGAAUUGUAUUCUUGAUGAAUCUAUGUUAACAGGUGAAAGUGUUCCGGUAACAAAAACUCCGUUACCAAUAAAACGUGAUUUGAUUUUUGAAAAGAAAGAACACAGCCGACACACGUUGUUUUGUGGCACAAAAUGCAUUCAAACUCGAUACAUUGGUUCGGAAAAGGUAUUGGCAAUUGUUAUCAAUACAGGAAAUAUCACUGCUAAAGGCGAAUUGAUUCGAUCGAUUCUGUAUCCACCUCCGGUGGAUUAUAAAUUCGAACAAGAUUCGUAUAAAUUUAUUGCAUUACUUGGUCUCAUAGCAUUUAUUGGAUUUUUUUAUACACUUAUCACAAAGAUACUUCGAGGUGUGGAUGCUGUUAAAAUAGCCGUUGAAUCAUUAGAUUUAAUAACAAUUGUUGUGCCACCUGCUCUUCCCGCUGCCAUGACUGUUGGCCGUUUUUAUGCUCAACAGCGUCUUGAGAAAAAGAAUAUAUUUUGUAUAUCUCCGCGAUCGAUUAAUGUUUCUGGAAGCAUCGAUUGCGUUUGUUUUGAUAAGACUGGAACUCUUACUGAAGACGGCCUGGAUAUGUGGGGUGUAAUUCCAAAAUCCCAAACCAAUUAUUUUCAGAUAGCUCUUAAGCAGAUCGAACGAUUGCCUGUAGAUCAUUUCCUUUUUGGAAUGGUCACUUGUCAUUCGAUAACUAUAAUGAAUGGUGAGAAGAAAGGUGAUCCUUUAGAUUUAAAAAUGUUUGAGUCAACCGGUUGGAUAUUGGAGGAUGCCAAUGUGCCUGAUGAUAAUAAAUACGAUUUACUAUUCCCUACGAUUGUCCGGCAGCCUAGAUCAAAUAGAGUGAGCGCAGAAAGCAUUAAAGAGGAAGACAUUCCCGAUUUCCGGAAAGGAUCCGUCGAUGAUCUCUUGGCUGAUGUUGGUGGAUCAAACGACAUUGGGAUUGUUCGAGAAUUUCCCUUUUCGUCAGCUCUGCAACGAAUGUCCGUAAUCACACGUCGCCUAACUGAUGAUCAUUUCAAUGUCUAUUGCAAAGGUUCUCCAGAAAUGAUACACACUCUGUCUGAUCCAUCAACCAUACCGGAUAAUUAUUUCGUCCAACUCGAUGUUUAUGCUCAGCAAGGUUUCCGUAUAAUAGCCUUAGCUUAUAAACCAUUGGAAAAGAAAAUGUCAUAUCCGAAAAUUCAGAAAAUCUCUCGAGAUAAAAUUGAAUGUGAUUUGGAAUUUUUGGGCUUUGUCAUUCUCGAGAAUCGUUUGAAACCCGACACAACUGAUGUUAUAAAAUGUCUUACAUUGGCAAAUAUUCGAACGAUCAUGGUAACAGGUGAUAAUAUUUUAACAGCUUUGAGUGUAGCCAAAGACUGUGGUAUAGUGGGCAAAAAACAAAGUGUCAUAACUGUCAAUACUCGUGUUCAUCCAGAAAACCCAAACAAAUAUGAACUGUAUUAUAAUUUGAUAGGAGCUGUUACACCAAGUGAGCCAGUGCAAAAUGGUAACGGUGAUAUUUGUUCGCUCAACACACACAGCAGCAGUAUUGCCAGUUUGGAAACAUGUGAUACGUGGACACACGGAGAUGUGGAAUUGGGUUUGAAAGAUCUGACACCAAGUGUUGAAACCAAUGGAAAAUCGGUUUUUGAUGAGAAAAAAAUGUUUCCCGAUUUACCUAGCAAUAAUUAUCGCUUCGCCAUGGCCGGAAAAACUUGGGCCAUAGUUCGUGAAUAUUUCCCCGAAUAUGUCCAGCAAUUUGUAACGCGUGGUGCUAUUUUUGCUCGUAUGUCGCCCGAUCAAAAGCAAUCACUUAUAAUGGAAUUGCAAGAAAUCAAUUAUUAUGUGGCUAUGUGCGGUGAUGGAGCGAAUGAUUGUGGUGCCCUUAAGGUAGCUCACACUGGUAUCUCUCUAUCAGAGGCAGAAUCAUCGAUUGCAUCUCCAUUUACAUCUCGCAAUCCAACUAUAGCUUGUGUACCAAGUGUCAUUCGUGAAGGGCGUGCUGCUUUAGUUACAUCAUUUGGAAUUUUUAAAUACAUGGCUGCUUAUUCACUGGUGCAAUUUAUAUCCGUUUUGAUACUUUACUCAAUUGAUUCCAAUUUAACGGACAAACAAUUUUUAUACAUUGAUCUUGGCCUUAUAUCAAUUUUUGCAUUCUUUUUCGGCAAGACCCAUGCGUACGACGGACCUCUUGUCAAACAACCACCCCUUAAUUCUCUCAUAUCAAUUACACCCAUGGCUUCCAUAAUUCUCCAUUUACUUGUAGUAGUAGCCUUUCAGGUGGUCGGUUGGUUCUAUUUACUCAAUCAAAGCUGGUUUUACCCUUUCAUACCUGAUCCCGACCCUGAAGGUAACCAUCUAGGAUGCUUGGAAAAUUAUACAAUGUUUGUCAUAUCGUGCUUCCAAUAUAUCAUCUUGGCAUUUGUAUUUUCCAAAGGCGCUCCUUAUCGCAAGUCUAUAAUAUCGAACAUACCAUUUUGUUUAAGUCUUCUCAUCAAUCUGGCCUUUGUUAUUUAUUUAACCCUAUACCCCACACAAUGGCUUAUCGAUGUGUUCGAGCUUAAAAUGCCACCCGAUCAUAAUUUUCGCUUUUACUUAGUCAUUUAUGGAGCUGCGAAUUUUGUUAUCAGCUUACUACUUGAGGCCGUUAUUGUUGAAUACUUAUUAUUCAAAAAAAUACGCCAUCGAUUCAAUAAUAUCGAAAAAUCACAUCGUAAAUAUUUGACAAUAGAAAAUGAGCUUAGACGAAAUACAAAAUGGCCACCACUUUCUGAUUUCACCAAUGUCAUUUCAAAUGAAUAUGACAAACCAUCACCUACAUCAUAUGCUGAAAUCAGUGCAGAACAUCAAAUUGAUAUGAAAGCACCAGAAAACAGUGUACUAAAUAGUUUCUUUGAUGUCAAAAGUGUCGAAAAUCAUAACCAGCAAGAUGUUGAUAACAUGAGUUUAUCUGAUAUAUAUUCGGAAUCAUAUUAUGAAUCAGCCAUUAAUGAAGAAACCAUAUUCGAUGAGUUUUCGUCCGAAAACGAUGGAAGCCUUGCUCACGCUCACAGCCAACAAAGUAACAUGGAUACGAAUUCUUCUUCGAAUAAUAUACUAUAUCCGAACAAUAUUCAUUCCUCAUUGGUGUUACCAUCUUCCCAGAAUCCAUCACCAUUGCCACCGCUGCUUCUACCUUUGCCAACGCCAUCGCAAUCGGUAAACAUUAAUUCUUCUUCGAAAACACUCCCGCUCCCCAACCAUAAUAAAUUGGUGAAUUCGAAUUCGAAUUCGUGUUCGAAUUCAAAUACAAUUGUAGCAGCAUUGCCGAUAGUUGCACCGCCGCCGCCGUCAGUGUCUUUCAAUUAUAUUGACUAUCAUACAAAUUCCGGCUCGCCAUCCUCGGUUUAUAAAAAUAAUAAUUCAGCAUCACCAGCAGUCAUUCAGCCAGAAUCAUCCUUUGCAACUAUUGAAGUUAAAAAAUCAUUUCGGGAGGAAAGCUGAAAUCUGCUGCCACGCAAAAUUGCGGAUUUCCUACGUUGUAUUAUUUAUUUGUUAUAAUUUAUAUGUAAUUUAUAGGAUAUAUAUAUAUAAAUGUAUAUGUAUAGUAUCGUAAUUUUCCCCUUUCUUUCUUUCUUUUGCAAUGAAACUAUAAAAACAAAACUAAAACGUCAAUGAAAUAGAAUAAUAAUUCCAGUUAACUUAAUGAUUAAAGUUUUUAAUAUUAUUGUAUUACAAUUAUUGUGCGUGAGUAAAACAAAAAAAUGGAAUAUCUUAUUCAAAAUUAUCUUUAAGAAUCAACACAACUUAUUCAAAAACAGAUUAACAUUAUAUACCGACAUUUUAAGACUCAAAACCUGUAUGUGGGUGGAAUUACAGUAAAAAUGAUUUGUACUUAAUAUUUUAUAUUCCCAAUAUUUUUUGUUAGUAAAAAUUUAUAAAUAAAAUGCAUUUUUUGUUAGAAAAAAAA